UGAAUGGAAUCGGGCUGAUUCAUCGCGGGUUCCCGGAGCCAGAGGCCGGCCAAGUCUGAGCCUCCGCCACCGCCGCCGCCGCCGCGUCACCGCAGCAGCAGGAUAAGGGUCUGGCCCGCGUCCUUCCGUCCCCCGCCUGCCUUCAGAUGAGGAGACUGAGUCUGAGACCUUAGGAGAAACAAAUAUUUGGGAAAAAUUACAUCGGCCAGAAUUACUAAGAGCUUGUGCUAAGAAGAAAUUUAUACAACUUCAACAAAGUGAAGUUUAGCGCCACAAGAGUUGUAGUUACUGCCAGAAAUAUGGACAGACUUCUUAGACUUGGAGGAGGUAUGCCUGGACUGGGCCAGGGGCCACCUACAGAUGCUCCCGCAGUGGACACAGCAGAACAAGUCUAUAUCUCUUCCCUGGCACUGUUAAAGAUGUUAAAACAUGGUCGCGCUGGAGUUCCAAUGGAAGUUAUGGGUCUGAUGCUUGGAGAAUUUGUGGAUGAUUACACCGUCAGAGUGAUUGAUGUGUUUGCUAUGCCACAGUCAGGAACAGGUGUUAGUGUGGAGGCAGUUGAUCCAGUGUUCCAAGCCAAAAUGUUGGAUAUGUUGAAGCAGACAGGAAGGCCUGAGAUGGUUGUUGGUUGGUAUCACAGUCACCCUGGCUUUGGUUGUUGGCUUUCUGGUGUGGAUAUCAACACUCAGCAGAGCUUUGAAGCCUUGUCGGAGAGAGCCGUGGCAGUGGUUGUGGAUCCUAUUCAGAGUGUAAAAGGAAAGGUUGUUAUUGAUGCCUUCAGAUUGAUCAAUGCUAAUAUGAUGGUCUUAGGACAUGAACCAAGACAAACAACUUCAAAUCUGGGUCACUUAAACAAGCCAUCUAUCCAGGCAUUAAUUCAUGGACUAAACAGACAUUAUUACUCCAUAACCAUUAACUAUCGGAAAAAUGAACUGGAACAGAAGAUGUUGCUAAAUUUGCAUAAGAAGAGUUGGAUGGAAGGUUUGACACUUCAGGACUACAGUGAACAUUGUAAACACAAUGAAUCAGUGGUAAAAGAGAUGUUGGAAUUAGCCAAGAAUUACAAUAAGGCUGUAGAAGAAGAAGAUAAGAUGACACCUGAACAGCUGGCAAUAAAGAAUGUUGGCAAGCAGGAUCCCAAACGUCAUUUGGAGGAACAUGUGGAUGUACUUAUGACCUCCAAUAUUGUCCAGUGUUUAGCAGCUAUGUUGGAUACUGUUGUAUUUAAAUAAAGCAACAUAAAAAGCUAUUAGUGAUACUUUAGUGUGCGUUCCUGUAUUGUUGCUGAUGCUCAAAAUCAAGGGACCGCUGAAGGUGUGCUUGGUUAAACGUAAGACAUCUGGCGUCAUUUGCAGCGCUGUAACACCUUCAGUCUCACUUGUGCAAUUACUUCUGUUUCUUUAGUCAGGGUCUUUGCAGAUUCCAAAGUUGUACAAGAAUACGUCAAAGUGGACAAAUUUUGUUAAGUUCCCAUUUAAUAUUUGAAGAAAUCAGUAGCACAAAUAUAUUUUGAUUGUUGCUUACAAAAUAAAAUACAUUUACAAUCUA